CCUAGGCCAGCUUACUCACCACUCCCCCUCCCCGCCCCCUGCCUGCCCCCAAAGAGGAAGAGGCCAUAACCACGUACAUAUAUAAAGCCAUAGAGCCAAGAACACCAGCUCCUGGCACAUCAUGACCACCAGACAGAGCUGGACACCAGACUCCAGCCCUUUGUGGUUCCUGUUCCUGUUCCUGUGUGCCCACAUCGUCUCCCAUUUGGCAAGAGCCACACCUAUACCCCAGGCCGGCACAGCUGCUGCAGUCUCAGCUGGGAUCACAAAAGACCCCUCCCCCUCCCGCCCCUCAGCGCUCCCCGCAACUAAGCAGUGCCCAGCAUUGGAGGUGACCUGGCCAGAAGAUGGACUCUCACUAAAUGGAACGCUGACUCUGUCCUGUACCGCCUGUAGCCGCUUCCACCACUUCAGCAUUCUCUACUGGCUGGGCAAUGGUUCUUUCAUCGAGCACCUCCCAGACGGGCUGCAGGAGGGCAACACCAGCUGGGAGCACAGGGGUGCCAGCACUCAGCUGAAGAAGGCCUUGGUGCUGGAGGAGCUGAGCCCCGUCUUGCGCAACACCAACUUCUCUUGUGUUUUCACGGAUCCUGAGUACACUGUCCAGCGCCACGUUGUCCUGGCCGAUCUCUUGGCUGGGCUGAGGACACUCAUGCCCCCGACUCAAGAAGCCUCCAGAGGGUUCCCUCUGCCUCACCAUCCUGACAGGUGAACUCAAGCCUGGUUGAAACGCCACCUCUUCAUUUAGGUCUAGGCUGUCAGCUCAGGCCACAAUCUGUCAACUUAAUGCUAUAUAUUUGUAUGGCAUACCUCGUUUUAUUGUGCUUCACAGAUCAUGCAUUUUUUACAAAUUGCAGGUUUGUGGCAACCCUGUGUUGAGUAAGUCUAUUGGCACUAUUUUUCUAACAGCAUUUGUUCACUUCAUGUCAUAUUUUGGUAAUUCUUGCAAUAUUUCAAACUUCUUCCUGUGAUCAGUGGUCUUUGAUGUUACAAUUGUGACUGUUUUUGGGGUGCCAUGAAUCAUGCUCAUAUAAGAUGGUAAACUUAAUUGACAAAUGUAUGUGUUCUGACUGUUCUGACUGCCUAUUCCCUCUCUCUCCCCCUCUCCUUGAGCCUCCCUAUUCCCCAAGACAUAACAGUAUUGAAAUUAGGCCAAGUAAUAACCCUACAGUGACCUCUAAAUGUCCAGUAAAAGGAAGAGUCACCUGUCUCUCACUUUAAAUCGAAAGCUAGAAUUGAUUCAGCUUAGUGAGGAAGGCAUGUCAAAAGCCCAGAUAGGCAACAACCUAGGCCUCCCUCUUACACCAAAUAGCCAAGUGGUGAAUGCAAAGGAAAAGUUCUUGAAGGAAAUUAAAAGUGCUACUCCAGGGAACACAUUGAUAAGAAAAUGAAAGUCUUACUGCUGAUAUGGAGAAAGUUUUGGUGGUCUAGAUAGGUGAAACCAACCACAUUCCUUUAAACCAUAGCCUAACCCAAGCAAGGCCCCAACUCUUUGAUUCUGUGAAGGCUGAGAGAAGUGAGGAGGCUGCAAUAGAAAAAUUGGAAGCUAGCAGAGUUUGGUUCAUGAAGUUUAAGAAGCCAUCUCCA